AUAUUUUAUGCUGGUAUGACUGACGUCAGGGUAUUAUAGUAAAGUGAAACUAUCCUGGCCAGGUACUGGAUAUAAAGUAAUCCUCUUUCAAGUGAAGUGAAAGAAGACAGUCAACUGAGACACUACUAGAGGCAAACACAUAAUCAGCCAUGUCACCAAACAACAACAGCCUGUUGUACCUGCUGUUAUCUGUGUGCCUGGCAUGCACCGCUACUCUGGACGAAUUCGAAGAAGAUAUUGAGAUCGAUGAUGAGGAGGAAGACCUGGAGUAUGAGUACAGCAUGAAACAAGACAGACACACCUGUGGAAGCGGCCAAACUGGUCAGUAUCCAUUCUGCAAGGACAAGAACCACUACGUCCACACAAGGGAUGAGUGUGGAGAGAUAGAGGUAAAAAAAGUGAGGGUGGAAAUGCAGCUGAUGAUCCAGGACCGACAUGAGAAGAUAAAGGAGAUCGCACACGCUGCAAAACUCAGUGAGAAAAAUGUGGAGAGGGAGAAAGAGGACACAGUGCUGUUACUAACUGAAAUGGCAAGGCUCGUCGAGAAGACCUACAUCAAAGUAAUUGAGGAGAUUGAGAAGAACCAGGAAGCAGAAGCAACCCGGGCUGUAGAGCACAUUCUAAAGCUAUCACAGGAAAUCUCUAUGCUACAGAAGAGAAGCAAUGAGCUGGAGCAGCUAUCACACGCUGAAGACCACCUCCACCUUUUCCAGAUGUUCCCAACCCUGUGUACCCCACCGGCUACCAUCGACUGGUCUGAGGUCAGAGUUCACAGUGAUCCCAGUGUUGGAGCUAUGAGGAGAGCUGUGAACAAGCUGAGGGAAGCACUUAAUAGUGAAGAGAACAGGCUGUCUGCUGCUGAGUUGGGAAGGAUCAAGAAGUGUGCAGUGAAUGUGACUCUGGACCCUGAUACAGCACAUCCCUACCUCAUCGUCUCUGAAGACGGGAAACAAGUGAGAGUUGGAGAUCUCUGGCAAAAUGUCACAGACAGCCCUCAAAGGUUUGAUUUGGUUGUUAAUGUCCUAGGAAAGGAGGGUUUCUCCUCAGGGAGAUUCUACUAUGAGGUGCAGGUGGAAGGAAAGACUGACUGGGCUUUAGGAGUGGCAGCAGAAUCCAUCAACAGGAAGGGAAGGACUAUUGUGAACCCUGACAAUGGAUACCUGGUUCUAUGGAUGAGGGAUGAGAAUGAGUAUAUAGCUUUUGAUAAGCUUCCUGUCCUCCUCGCUCUUAAUCAGAAGCCCCAGAAGAUAGGGAUUUAUAUUGAUUAUGAACAGGGUCAGGUCUCCUUUUAUGAUGUGGACAACAGGUCUCAUAUCUAUUCUUUCCCCAAUUACGCUUUAAAACCUGUUAAAAACUUUAUCCAUUCUUCAGCACCGGCACUGACAAUGACGGUAAAAACUCUGCCCCAUUGGUCAUUACCCAAGUCAAUCAGCAACUAAGUAUUCACUUCCCAACUUUUGACAACGCCUAAAAGUGGGUAACAGGGUAUGUUCUUUCAUAUAUAAAUGUUCAAGGAAGCACUAUGUUACAUCAAAUCAUACAUUUUUUUCUGUUUAUUUUUUGUUGUUGUAAGUUGUUUCAAAUGUUUUCAUAUUUCUGCAGUUAUCUCCAUUUUGUCUAAAUUAUAGGUGAUGAAUGGCAUUAAAUGAAGAUCUGUAUUAUAUAAAUCAAGUGUAUCUGGAGAAAUUAAAGGAACCCAUUCAGUCACCAAUUCGUCUCGAUCUGAGUAGUUCCUCUUAUGCAGAGGUGGCACCACAUUUCCCAGAGUGGUGUGGCGAUUAUCAUUUUUUAUUCUGAACUGGUAACCUAACCAGGGAAAAUGCUGGUAUGCCGUGGUUCAUCUGUUGUAAAAAGGUUUUAUAUGGGCUCUGAUGGGACAAGAGUUUUUGUAAUUAGGUCACAUGGUUUAAAAAAAAACUCCUGGCCUUGGGGAGGAUGAAAACCCUGUCAAACUGCAGCAACAUUGUAGUGUACUUGUUCACAACAGACACAGAGAAACCAACAUGAUUGGACAAUACAUCUCACAGGGCUGAGCUUGCUUUAUGCUGGUUUGCAUCUUGUAGUCCUGCCCUAUGCAACUGUAGGCCUAAUAAAAACUCAGUCUUUGUCAGCUCUUGUGUUUAUUGAUUAAUUCCAGUUAAUCAUUUUGGAUUGAUAAAGUCUAUGUAGCCAAGUAAGCUUGAAGUUGGAACCAAAUUUGAUUCCAUUCACAUUUUCUCAAACAAAUGGGCUAUAAAUACACAACAUUACCGCUUUGUUUACCCUGGACAGAGGGUCAGUGCGCAUAAUAGGCUAGACUAUGUAGCCGCUGCUGAUCAGACUGAAAAAUAGUCUAGUUUCCAUGCAAUACAUCAGGGAUCAUCAACUAGAUUUAGCAAUUGCCAGAUUUUUUUUCUUGAGCGGAUGGUCGGGAGGCCGGGAACAUAAUUACAAAUAACUUGUAGACUGCCAAUUGACCCCAAGAAGCCCAAACGGAUAUAAUGUUUGACUAAAAGAUAAUCAUUUCAAACAUUGCUUACAUUUUUAUACGAUCACGUCUCUAUUAUUUUUAAUUUUUUUAGAAAAUGUAUGGAGCUAAAUAAAACCACCUGCGGGCUGUCAGUUGGGGAACCCUGCAAUACUUCAUGUCAGAUCGCACAUUUUUAGGUAUAUAGGCUGCUAUAUUUAUGUCAGUGUAUUUGCUUGUGUUUGUCGGGAUUGAUCUGUUAUCACCCUUGCAUAAAUAAAUACUGGA